UGACCAAUGGCGAUCUGAACAGUUGAGGGGGGGCUGCUUUACAUAAAAUACCUAGUGAUAGAGCAGCCGAGGAUGUAGUCCAGCACUAAAUCGCCCUUUCAUGGACUGUAGAAGUAUUUGCGACUCAACAUGUUACCCGUUUACCUCACCGGGAUUAUAUUUGUUGCAGUUUCAUUUUUGACAAGGUGAGGCGGAAGCUGUUCAGACGAGAGGAAUCAACCUGUUGGCGUGUUUCCCGGUUUGCUUUUGACCAUCUGGAAGCAGCCGGAUCAAAGGGAAGGCACUAAAAACUGACAAUGUAUGUUGGACCCUGUGAAAUGGACCCAAGCUGACGUCCCCAUGUCCCAGCCUGUCUUUAUUUGGCUUGGCAGAUCACGUGUAGAGAUGGCAGAGUGUAUGGGUCUGCUGGCUGUACCUGGAUCUGUGGUUGGGAGUGUUUUACUGCUGAUACUGAGCAGUUACCCUGUGUGGGGGAAUUCUACCAUAAUUAGAAAUGAUACCAAUUCUAAUAACACACACAAUGGACCCAACAUUGCAGCUAUUGUGGCGCCCACAGUGACUCUGUGUGUGCUGGCCAUAAUCCUGGCUGUUCUCGGCUGGUUGUUCUGUGUGGUAAAAAAGAAAAGACAGACUGAAGGGACGUACAGACCAAGUGCUGAGGAACAGUCUGGUGCUCGCAGCGUGGUCACACCAGAUGUGCUAAAGUUACCAAAGGAGGAGAGACUCAUUUAGGAUAUUCGCUUCAUGUCAUGCUUGCGGGGGACACUGGAUGCAAAAGCUUGGCAUGGUGUGACGAAGCUGAUGGAAGAGGAAUGUCUUCAAGUUAGGCAGAUGACUGAGAGAAAGUUUUGAAACUUGACAUCAUGACAGAUAUACCUACUACUCCAUUUCAAGAACUAUAUAGUUCCUGCACAAUGCUCUGAAGAGAGGCAAAGGAUGGACCUACUGUGGAAUUUAAAAACAAUUAAACAAAUCAAAGUCUGAAUGUUAAUCAAGCACAUCUGAUACAUGAGCUGCAGUAUUUUAUAACUACUGACAAUCUUUUUUAUAUAUGUUUUUAAUGUUUUCCUAUUUUAGAUUUGACAGUGUAGCAUAGCUGUAUUUUAUCUGAUUCAGUCUUUUAUGAGUUCACAAUUGCACUGUAAAAUAUUUGCUAAUCUUUUACCUCAAACUUUUAGCCUUGUUUUUGCCAUUUCAGUCUAUUUCAUUAGAAAAGGACAAUGAUGCGCAAAGUUUUUUUUUAAUGUAUGCAAUCAAACAAAUUAUGAUGUUUCAGGUGAGCUGUUUUGUUAUAAAAUGAGGUUUUACCUGGAAAUUGUGCAAAGCAAAAAGCAAUCAGUUGUUUACACUUUUAAGUAUAUUAUAAGUCACAUUAUUAUAAAUGAGUUCAACCUUUGUAAUACAUUAUUCAUUAUAAUCAAGCACACACGUAGUGUUGCAACGUUUUUAUUUAUGCUUAUGCAAAUAUAUAUAUAUAUAUUUUUUUUUUAAUAAUAUUAGCAUAAUUCAACCUUUCAGUGGCAUAACAUCCCAGAAAAAGAUGGAUGACAAAGCUUGGGAAAAGGAUUUUUAAUUCCUCCUCCAUUCAACCUGAUAAGUGACCGAAAAUGGAUGGAUGAAUGCGGGGAUAGCUUCCUCUUCUAAUUCAUUCCAGUACAGUGUUGCUGAGUAAUAACCAAAUGCAAAACAAGUCAAAAUAUGACGGGGUUUGAUGCACACAAGCAUUUAAUGAUUACCAAUAUGAAUCAUAUCUUCACUGGAAUUCCCUCAUGGACAAAUGCAUUUGUACACUAAGUCUGAAGAUGAUAACACAACCAUGCAGAUAAGCAUUCUUUGUAAUCAGAGCCUGAAAAGUUCACCCUCAGGUACCUGACAAAGUCACCAACAGUACAGCCAUUGUUUACGUAUCUGAAGAAAAGAAGAAAAGAAAAAACUU